CGCCCCAUCAUUGGUGUCAGUGGGAGGAAUAGCGCCCCAUCAUUGGUGUCAGUGGGGGGAAUAGCGCCCCAUCAUUGGUAUCAGUGGCAGGAAUUGCGCCCCAUCAUUAGUGUCAGUGGGAGGAAUAGCGCCCCAUCAUUGGUAUCAGUGGCAGGAAUUGCGCCCCAUCAUUGGUGUCAGUGGGAAGAAUCGUGCCCCAUCAUUGGUGUCAGUGGGAGGAAUAGUGUCCCAUCAUUAGUGUCAGUGGGAGGAAUAGUGUCCCAUCAUUGGUGUCAGUGGGAGGAAUAGUGCUCCAUCAUUGGUGUCAGUGGGAGGAAUAGUGGCCCAUCAUUGGUAUCAGUGGGAGGAAUAG